ACACCCGACGUUCGCUUUAAGAGCUCAACGUGAUCAUGAACGUGAUGACAUCACUUCCUUGUUUGUCUGCCGUUGGCUACCACGCCCACAGCAGUGAUUAUUGUGUCAGUUAGAGUGACACGGUUCGGUUUUUAAACCUUUUUUUAUCACCUAAAACCUCCAUAUUUGGACUAACUGUUUGGGGCAGAGGAAGGAGGGUGGUCUGGAGCAGGUCUGAGAGGAGCCGGGUCUGGUUUGGAGCGGAUUUAUCCUGGUUUGGAGCGGAUUUAUCCUGGUUUGGAGCGGAUUUAUCCCUAUUUCGAGCGGGUUUUGUAACCGGUCUGGACCGUUUGCAAAGAGAGGACGAGGGAAAGUUUGCUUCUGCUUCGGUUCACGGUCUAUGCCACACCGACAACAAAACAGUUUACAGCUGCACAACAUUUCACGUCUCUGCAGUGCUGCCGGCUGUCAUGUCCAGGUAGAGCCCGGCUCCACGACGCCCACCAUGCGGAAGCAUCUGGAAAGGAUCCGGUUCCGGGGCCAGAGACGGGACGAGUUCCUGGAUCUGGCCGAUUCGCCCAACACGUCCGACACAGAAUGCGCCGAGGAGGUCGUGAUCAAACCUCGAGUCUCCGUCAGAGAAUCGGAGGAGCUGAGGGAGGCGGAGGGAGAGCAGCAGAAUGACGCUCAGGCUGGUCCAGGAUUAUUUUCUGCAGCUCUCCAAGACGACUCGAGGACAGAUCUCAACGAGAUCAAAGGUCACCUAGAAAUCGCCUUGUUAGAGAAACACUUCUUAGAGGAGGAGCUGAGGAAACUCAAAGAGGAGUCCAACGUGGAUUCUCUGAGACAGGAGCUGGAGAGAGAGCGCAGCAGGUGCAUCGAGCUGGAGCAGAAGAUCAACGACGUACUGAAACCCAGACUGGAAGACUCGCCUUCUCAGACUCCUAAAGCCCCGCCCCCUCCUACACCUGCAGUCAGCAGUACAGACACACAGAAGGACACUUUGUCCAACAGCUUCCUGAAGUGGCUUUAUAAUCGUUUUGGCGUUUAUAUCGAGGACUUCCGCUUCCAACAGGAGGAGCAGACGGUGGAGACGGAGGAGCCGCUGAGUGCCAAGAGGUUGACUGAAAACAUGAGACGGCUCAAACGAGGAUUCAAACCUGUGACCAACUUCAAGAGGAACCUCACUGCCUUAUCCAGCUGGUACUCCGUCUACACGUCGGCCAUCGCCUUCAUCGUCUACAUGUAUGCAGCGUGGCACGGCUGGGCCGUCCCCAUGUUCCUGUGCCUCGCCAUCCUCCGCCUCUCCUUGAAUUUUCUCAUCGCCAGAGGCUGGAGGAUCCAGUGGAGCAUCGUGCCUGAAGUCUCCGAGCCUGUGGAGGCUCCUAAAGAAGACCUGACGGUGUCGGAGAAGUUCCAGCUGGUUCUGGACGUCGCUCAGAAAGCUCAGAAUCUGUUUGGCAGGAUGGCAAACAUCCUGGAGAAGAUAAAGAAUCUGUUCAUGUGGGUUCAGCCAGAGUUGACUCAGAAGCUGUACGUUGGUCUGUGGUUGGUCUUCAUCUCCUCCUGCCUGCUGCCGUUCAAACUGCUGGGAUUCAUCAUAGGUGUGUACGCAGGCAUUAAGUUCUUCAUCAUCGACUUCAUCUUUAAGAGUUGUCCCAAGCUGAGGCAGCGCUUCGACACGCCCUACAUCAUCUGGACCAACUUACCCACCGACCUGCAGCUGAAGGAGCGCGGCAGCAGCACGCUGAGCAGACGGGUAACUGUGACGAGCGGCCGAGGCAGCGUCGGCGCUGCGGCUCCUCUGGGUGUCAGCCGGGACGAGGACGGAGGACGCUGCUCCAGCACCAAGAGAGGAGCUUUUCACGAAGUCUUCAACCUGCUGGAGAGUGAGCGCCCUCUGACAGUGUGUGAGAACGGCUGGCGCUGCUGCCUCAUCAACAGAGACAGAAAGACACCGACAGACUACAUCCGCAACGGAGUCCUCUACGUCACCGAGAAUCACCUGUGUUUCGAGAGCUCCAGCUCCAGAUCUGGAUCCUCCAAGAGGAACAAGGUCAUCAAACUUGUCGACAUCACCGACAUCCAGAAGUACAAAGUUUUGUCUGUACUUCCUGGAUCUGGGAUGGGCAUCUCCAUAGCGACGCCGUCCACCCAGAAGCCGAUGGUGUUCGGCGCGAUGAUCCACAGAGACGAGGCCUUCGACGCCAUCUUCACGCAGUACAUGAAGAUCGUUACCACGGCUACCGCCAGCGACCCGGAGACAUAGUGACGACCGGCGUCGCCUCUUCAGUCACCAAACUCAUCAAAGCGCUCACUGAUGUCACAAUCAGCCAAUCACUGUUCUUACACCGUUUUUAUACAAAGUUCCAACAAAACAGAAAACUUUACGCCAAUCCAGAAUCUAAUUUACCGUAAAUCCUGAAUAAUGGUAUUUAAAUGUGACGUAAUGGCGUUACAAACAUUGAGCGAGGUGUUGUUACCUGAACUCUAAUGUCUCACCUGAUGAACUUCAUGGUGUCAGAUUCUGAUAUUCUACAUUAACAGGCUGCAGCGAACGCUCUUCAUCGUGUUUACACUCAGUGUUUCUGCACAGCAGCAGAUAAACAUGAAGCUUCACUAAUAAUAUGAGGAUUUGACUAUUUGUAGAAUUACAUUCCAGUGUUGCUGCGUAGGAUUGAACUCCAGAGCGUCGUGACGUCCAACACUCGUCAUUUACUGGAAAAAGAUCAAAGGAAUCAAAAUCCACAUGUUUUUAUGAGACGUAAUAUUUCUGCUUCGAUUCGUAUUUGUUGUUGUAAAACAACUCUUUUCUCUGCGUCUUCCUCACACAAAGGGAGGCACCUGUGUCCACGUGUCUCCUUAAAGGACAGUUAUAUAAGAGGAUAACAAGGGGAGGAUGGAGCCUUGGAAAGAAAAGACAUUCGGUAACGCCCUCCUCUUAGUUCCAGUUGCUUCUACUCAUCCGUUCUUUUGAUUCUGUUUUAGCCCUGUUACACUGCAGACAAUGAAGCACACUUCCUGCACAUAUAGUAACAUUUACAAGCUCUCAAGGGCACAACCCCCCCCCCCCUUACUUGUUAGGCUUUGUGAAACAUUGUGUCACUUCACUUCCGUCCAUGGAGGUUUAUUUAACGGAUGUUACACCGGACACUUUACUAAAUAAUGUGUCCGUGCUGAAACCAUCAUUUCACUCAAAUCACUUCCUGGUUGCAGCUUCUCCCAUGUCAGGGUUUUCUGCUUUCUUAUUAAAGAUAUGAAUCAUGGCAGUAUUUUAACAUCGUUGUCUGGACGGGAACUUUAAAGACUUUAUGUGAAGGACUUGAACAGUUCUGACUUUGGUGAAACUCGUGUUAGUAGGGCUGCAACUAACGGUUGUUUUUAUUAUCCAUUAUGAUUGCUUUCUAGAUUCAUCGUUUGUUCUAUAGAAUGUCAGAAAAUACAGAAACACGUCUUGUUUUGUUCAAAGAUAUUCACUUUAUUAUGAUAUAAAACACAGAAAAGCAGCAGAUAUCCAGAUUUGAGAGGCUGAAAAAAACUGCUUUUUCUGCCAUUUUCCACUAAUUGAACAUCAAUAUUGUGGCGAUUAUCAUCUGUCUGAGGUUUUUAGUCCACUAAUUGUUGCAUCUCUAAAUGUUAAAACCAAAAAGGACAUUUUGAGCCUCCUCGAGUCAACAAUCCCCCAAAAGUGAAGUUUAAAGUGAGGCUGAAACUAAACGUUCUCAAUGAAUGGUUAACAUAAAGUCAGAAGGGAGUGAGAACGUCCUCACUUAUUGUCUCCAGAAGCUCUAAAUAUUCACUGUAGAAUGAUAUGAAACUUUAUUUACUUUCCUUACUUGUAUUACACUGAUAUCUGUACAUCACAUCAGGAAACCUGCACAAUGUGUUCCAGCGGAAACAUUUUCUGAACAUAUUACAUUUUCUUUUGUAGAAAAGAAAAGAAUAGUUGUUACAGUACUAUCACUGAAACAUGUUUGAAGCUCAUUCAUUGACAUUAGUGUCUUCAGGGAGUAACACGAUGACUCUGUGUUGUACGAAGCCUCACACUUUGUAUUAUAGUAUGUCGGGUUGUGUAUGUGGUGGUCAGACCUGUUUGUGUUCUAUAUGAAUGUUUGGAAAUAAUGAAUGAAACCACAAAAUGAA